AUGCAUUCACCCAUUUUGAAUCUAAAGGAGGGAAAGGUUCAAGGAAGCAUAAGAAAACUUGAUGAUGGCAAGGAGUUUUAUAGCUUCAAAGGAAUCCCAUACGCACGGCCACCAGUGGGAAGUCUUCGAUUCAAGGCCCCGCUUCCUCCCAAGCCUUGGUCGCAUGUCCUGGACGCUACAGAACACGGGGCUACAUGUCCACAAUGGGAUAUGGUGGCUUUGAAAUUUAGAGAAGGAGAAGAAAACUGUUUAUUCAUUAACGUCUACACUCCCACUUUACAAACUGACUCCAAAUUACCUGUGAUGGUGUAUAUCCAUGAGGGAGGGUUUCAAUCUGGAUCUGGAAAUGAAAGAAUUGUUGGAAAGAUCCUUGGUAAGGAUACGACAGAUCCUGAUGAGUUACUCACAUAUUUACAAAGCUUGCCUGUAGAAAACCUUCUAUAUUUGACGUUAAAAACUGCAACUAAGAGAGAGGAACUUGGAGGUCUACCCAUUCUUUUUACUCCCGUCGUAGAAAAGAAAUUUGGUGAUAAUGAAGUAUUUUUGCCGCAAAACCCGUUAGAUGUAAUGUUAUCUGGAAAAUUUAAUCACGUUCCACUUAUAACAGGAUAUACUUCAUCAGAAGGAGCAAUAAGAGUGAUUGAGGAGAUACCAAAGUUAGACUUUAUCAAUACGUGUCCGUCCUUGUUGGUGCCUAAAGAUAUUUAUAUAAAAAUAACAGAGGAUAAGGUCUUGGAAUUUGGUAAAAGAAUUAAGCAAUUUUAUUGGGGGAACAGGGAUUUAACAGCAAAUGAUGUUGAAAUAAUUGCUGAUUUGCAGUCAGAUACUCAUUUUGUGAUGGCAACGUACAGGACAGCAGAUUAUUUUUCAAAAUAUUGUAAACCCACCUUCUUGUAUAGAUUUGACUUGAAAACUGAAUUGAAUUGGAUUUCAAAAUACCUUGGGCUGCCAUCGGUCAGGGGAGUUCCUCAUAUCGAUGAACUGUUUUAUAUCUUUAGUAGCGAUUUAAUGAGAGAUACUUAUGAAAAACAUCCCGAGUUACAUAAUAAUCCAACACCCGACAACAGUCUAGGAGUGACUUGGACUCCAUACUCAGCGACAAGAAAGGAAUAUUUACAAAUUAGUAAUGAAUUGUCCAUGGGAAGGAACGCGGAGAAAACAAGAUUGGACUUUUGGGAUCAGUUGUAUACUGAAGCUGGGCUACCGAGUAUUCAUUCACCAAUUUUGAAUCUGAAGGAAGGAAAAGUCAGAGGAAGAAUAAGAAAACUUGAUGAUGGCAAGGAAUUUUACAGCUUCAAAGGAAUCCCAUACGCACAGCCACCAGUGGGAAGUCUUCGAUUCAAGGCUCCGCUUCCUCCCAAACCCUGGUCGCAUGUCCUGGAUGCUACGGAACACGGAGCUGUUUGUCCACAAUUCGAUAUUGUUUCAUCAAAAUUUAAAAAAGGCAAUGAGAACUGUUUAUUCAUUAAUGUCUACACUCCUACUUUACAAACUGACUCCAAAUUACCUGUGAUGGUGUAUAUCCAUGAGGGAGGGUUUCAAUCUGGAUCUGGAAAUGAAAGAAUAGUUGGAAAGGUUCUUGGUAAGGAUACGACAGAUCCUGAUGAGUUACUCACAUAUUUACAAAGCUUGCCUGUAGAAAAACUUCUGUAUUUGACGUUAAAAACUGCAACUAAGAGAGAAGAACUCGGGGCCUUGCCCAUUCUUUUUACUCCCGUUGUAGAAAAGGAGUUUAGUGAUAAUGAAGUAUUUUUGUCGGAAAACCCGUUAAAUGUAAUGUUAUCUGGAAAAUUUAAUUCUGUACCUCUUAUAACAGGAUAUACUUCAUCAGAAGGAUUAUUAAGAGUGAUUGCUGAGAUAGAAAAGUUAGACUUUAUCAAUAAGUGUCCGUCCUUGUUGGUGCCUAAAGACAUUUAUAUGAAAAUUACAGAAGACAAGGCCUUGGAUUUUGGUGAAAGAAUUAAGCAAUUUUAUUGGGGGAACAGGGAUUUAACAGCAGACGAUAUAGAAAUAAUUGCUGAUUUGCAGUCAGAUAUUCAUUUUUUGAUGGCAACGUACAGGGCAGCAGAUUAUUUUUCAAAAUAUUGUAAACCCACCUUCCUGUAUAGAUUUGACUUGAAAACUGAAUUGAAUUGGAUUUCAAAAUACCUUGGGCUACCAUCGGGCAGGGGAGUUCCCCAUGUCGAUGAACUAUUUUAUAUCUUUAGUAGUGAUUUGAAGAGAGAUACUUAUGAAAAACACCCCGAGUUACAUAAUAAUCCAACACCCGACACCAGUCUAGGAGUGACUUGGACUCCAUACUCAGCAACAAGAAAGGAAUAUUUACAAAUUGGUAAUGAAUUGUCCAUGGGAAGGAACGCGGAGAAGACAAGAUUGGACUUCUGGGAUCGUUUGUAUACUGAAGCUGGGCUACCGAGUAUUGUUAAGAGGUUUAUUUUUACGUUUACGUUUCUUAAACAGAAUUCGCCCAUUUUGAAUCUAAAGGAUGGAAAGGUUCAAGGAAGCAUAAGAAAACUUGAUGAUGGCAAGGAGUUUUAUAGCUUCAAAGGAAUCCCAUACGCACGGCCACCAGUGGGAAGUCUUCGAUUCAAGGCCCCGCUUCCUCCCAAGCCUUGGUCGCAUGUCCUGGACGCUACAGAACACGGGGCUACAUGUCCACAAUGGGAUAUGGUGGCUUUGAAAUUUAGAGAAGGAGAAGAGAACUGUUUAUUCAUUAACGUCUACACUCCCACUUUACAAACUGACUCCAAAUUACCUGUGAUGGUGUAUAUCCAUGAGGGAGGGUUUCAAUCUGGAUCUGGAAAUGAAAGAAUAGUUGGAAAGUUCCUUGGGAAGAAUACGACAAACCCUGAUGAAUUACUCACAUAUUUACAAAGUGUACCUGCAGACAAACUUCUGUUUUUGACGUUAAGAACGGCAACUAAGAGAGAGGAACUUUCAGGACCACCCAUUCUUUUUGCUCCCGUCGUAGAAAAGAAGUUUGGUGAUAAUGAGGUAUUUUUACCAGAAAACCCGUUAGAUGUAAUAUUAUCCGGAAAAUUUAAUCCUGUACCUCUUAUAACAGGAUAUACUUCAUCAGAAGGAGCUGCAAGAUUGAUUGACGUGCUAGCAAAGUUAGAAUUUUUCAAUAAGUGUCCGUCCUUGUUGGUGCCUAAAGACAUCUACAUGAAACUUACAGAAGACAAGGCCUUAGAAUUUGGUGAAAGAAUCAAGCAAUUUUAUUGGGGUAAUAGGGAUUUAACAGCAGAUGAUGUUGAAAUAAUUGCUGAUUUGCAGUCAGAUAUCCAUUUUGUGAUGGCAACGUACAGGACAGCAGAUUAUUUUUCAAAAUAUUGUAAACCUACCUUCUUGUAUAGAUUUGACUUGAACACUGAAUUGAAUUGGGUUUCAAAAUACCUUGGUCUGCCUCCGAUCAAGGGAGUUCCUCAUGUCGAUGAACUAUUUUAUAUCUUUAGUAGCAAUUUAAAGAGAGAUACUUAUGAAAAACACCCCGAGUUACAUAAUAAUCCAACACCCGACAACAGUCUAGGAGUGACUUGGACUCCAUACUCAGCGACAAGAAAGGAAUAUUUACAAAUUGGUAAUGAAUUGUCCAUGGGAAGGAACGCGGAGAAGACAAGAUUGGACUUCUGGGAUCGAUUGUAUACUGAAGCUGGGCUACCGAGUAUUGUUAAGAGUAACCUGUGA